CUAAUUGUUGUGAUAAACUUAUUAAAUAGUUCGAAAUAAUGUCGCAGCCCUUGAAAGUUGAGUUGCUCUCUGCCGGAGAUGGGACCAACUUCCCCAAGAAGGGGGACAAGAUCCAGAUGCACUACACUGGCACACUCACCAACGGAAAGAAGUUCGACUCCUCCCGAGACAGGGGAAAGCCGUUCUCCUUCACAGUCGGUGUCGGCCAGGUCAUCAAGGGGUGGGACGAGGGCGUGCCUCAGUUGUCGCUAGGGCAGAAGGCUAGGUUCACCAUUGCACCCGAGUAUGGUUAUGGGAGCCAAGGGGCAGCAGGGGUCAUCCCGCCGAACGCCACUCUCAUAUUUGAUGUGGAGUUGCUGAAGAUCAACUGAACUACGAUUGUGGCAACAUUAGAUAUUUGUUUCCUUAUUCAUCUUCUGACAACUCAAUUGACUUGACUGUACAUGCUGCAGAUGACUCAAACUUUUCUAUGCGUGCUCCAAACAUAUUGAAACUGCUUCGACUACAUAAUUGUCUGAAGAUGCAUGUUUGAUAUAACCUCUCAUAUCUUUGAGGCUGUUUGAUUACGAAUUUGGUUUCGUUUUCGAUAGCGAUUUGAUAAUAUCUUUGAGGAAUAAUUCAUAUUUUUACGGUGAACAAA